AAUUUCAUGUUUUAAAUUUUGUCUAUAACUCAUACUGCCAUCCUGAUUCAUCAGUUAAGACGUGUUACAGUCAAGUUCUCUAGAACAAGUCAGAACAAGACAGCGGAAAUGGCUUCAAUUCUGUCUUUUAUGACAGUGAUUUUGUGCGCCGUGGCCCUAAGCGAGGGGUGCAGUUGUGUUACCACAGACCAUUGGGAGAUUUUAUGCAGAGAUCAAUUCGCCGUCCAAGCUGAGGUUCGUAAGAGAAUAGGUGAAAAAGCCAUCAAAGCUGAGGCUCGUGGUCUUACAGAUCCGGACAGCGAGAAAGAAUACGAAGUUACCAUUUGGAAAAAAUUCAAAGGAAGCGACCGAAUAGUGACGAGGCCGUUUCGGAGCGGUCGAAACCCAGAUGUUCACAUUGAAGAACGAACUAAUGUCUUGACAAGGAUAGGUGGUUGUGGAAUAGACCUUCAAAAAGGUGAAUAUUACCUCUUGACCGGUAAAAUAGACGGUGAAAGCCUCUACAUCAACCGGUGUGGCUGGAAUGUGCCAUGGGCAUCUUUGUCCGCCGAGGACCUCAUUGCACUUGCCGGAUUUUCCACCGCGAACAACUGCUCGUCAUCAUAGAUCCCAUGUAUUCCACGUAAGAAAAAAUGAAAGAUGCUUCGUUCGAGAAAGAACGGCGAUAUGAAUAAAGAAUGAUUAUAAAAUAGUUUGA